CGUCUGCAGCCUUUGUCCGCGAUCCCAGCAGGCUCCGCUGCCGCCCGGCUCCCAGACAGCUUAGCGGCCCGCCGCCCUCUGCGCCAGCUGCUUCGGGGCUCGUUCGUCGGAGGAUCGCUUGUGCGCCCGCGACGGCCGUGCCUGGCUCUGGCUCCAAAUCUCCCGUUGCUGCAGCGCUGCCAGCUGCUUCUUCUUCUGCACCUGCCCGCCUGCCCCUCGACUGCACCUGCCCGCCAUGCGUCUGUUCAACCGCAAGAGCUCCAAGCCCACCAUCUCGCCGGGCGGCAGCCAGCCCAGCUCGUCCAACGGCUCGCUGCGCUCCCCCGGCCCCUCGACUGCCAACGGUUCGCGGCCCACCAGCUUCCCCGACGUGCCUCUGCCUCGCGCCCCCGACCCAGCCCUCGACCCGGCCGGCUACCUGAGGAGCAUCUAUGCCGUGCGCGACCGCUCGCGCCUGGUGCUGGAGAAGGCCAAGAAGAACCAGCUCAAGCACUUCACCGUCGACAUGACCAAGUUCAGCGACGUCGCCAGCUUCGUCGUGUCCAUUGUCAAGAGAGACUACGCCCCCGACUACGCCGCCAUCCCGCCCCACGGCCGCUGGCAGCACUUCGAGGUCGGUGGCCGCCCGCGCAUCGACCAGCUGAUGGCCUCGUGGCCGUCGACCGUCGACAACUCGGAGCGCACGCGCCGCCUGCUCGACCUCUUCCUCGUGUCCGUCCUGCUCGACGCCGGCGCCGGCACCAAGUGGCAGUACAAGAGCAAGGAGUCGGGCAAGAUCUACCGCCGCAGCGAGGGCCUUGCCGUGGCCAGCCUCGAGAUGUUCAAGGCCGGUGCCUUCAGCAGCAACCCCAAGGAGCCGUGCCAGGUCGACAGCGCCGGCUUGCGCAAGCUCGACCUCUCCGUCAUGGCGCGCGGCCUGCAGGUCACCGAGUCGAACCCCCUGGACGGCCUCGAGGGCCGCACGAAUCUGCUGGUGCGUCUCUCCGAGGCGCUGCAGAACCAGGAGGUCUUCGGCCUCGACGCCCGCCCUGGAAACAUGCUUGACUACCUGCUCUCGCACCCGACCACCCAGGCCUCCUCGGUCCCCAUUGUCCCGCUCCCCACCCUCUGGAACACGCUGAUGGAGAGCCUGACGCCCAUCUGGCCAGCAACGCGGACCCAGAUCGACGGCAUUCCCAUGGGCGACGCUUGGCCCUGCUCAGUCAUGCCGUCCCACCCUACGCACCCGUGGGAGAACAUUGUGCCGUUCCACAAGCUCACGCAAUGGCUCACAUACUCCCUGAUGGUCCCAAUGACCAAGCUCAUGGGCGUGCAUUUUGCCGGUGCCGAGCUCCUCACCGGACUGCCAGAGUACCGCAACGGUGGCCUUUUCAUCGACACCGGACUUCUGACACUCAAAACCGAAGACGCCAAGCGUGGUAUUGCGCAGUACCAGCGAAAUGCUCAGCUCAAGGGACAGCCCAGCAUGGAAGUCGUGCCCAUGUUCACUGCAGACGACGACGUCAUUGUCGAAUGGCGCGCAGUCACAGUCGGCUUACUGGACGAGCUGCUCAUUGAAGUCAACGGCUCGCUCGGACUGAGCGGGCGAGACAAGCUGACUCUGGCGCAGAUGCUGGAAGCCGGCAGUUGGAAGGGGGGUCGAGAAAUUGCAGAAGUGUCGCGACCGAACACAAAAGAGCCGCCUAUUAUGAUUCUGUCCGAUGGAACUGUUUUCUGAGAUACCCUGAGAUUCCUCUCCUGCUUUUGUUUUCGCUUCUCUGUGUUCGACGGCGUGCACCAAACACUUCCUAAUCUGGACUUUUUUCACAUCACUGGCGUAGCACGGCUAUAGCCAGUUGGAUAUUCACGAUGCACGAUCUCGAAGGUCGGCACCUGGCGGUUUUUUGCUUUUCAUGGCUCCAGCGAUGCAUCAGUCUUCAUCAGCUAGUUGCUAGCCUUUACUGCGAUCUCAUAUGGUUUUCACUUCUCACGGGACAUGUCUUGAAUGCCAGACAUUUAGGGUACGGAAAAUGGAUCUGUAAAAUAGUAGGACAUCGGCCCAGCCUAGGAAUUUCAAGCGCUUCUAGAAAGCAGCAUUCUGCGACACCGCCGAGUAAUCAUCACAAUACGAAUACACUUGACGCUAUCGUGCGCACGUUCGGUUGUCCCACGUUUUCAUACCCAAG